CUUUUAGCGAUGCGAUGGCGCCAUACCCUUGGCCUAUGCCCGGUAAGAUGGCGCCACUUUUUGAUAUUUAACAAAUUUAACAUAUAUCAGUGAAAGAAUAAGGAUCAAAGGCAAAUGGCGUUCUAAAAGUUUUAAUCAUGUGUCGAAAGAUGGCAGUAAAUUUACUGUGGCUACAAAGUUUACUUUAACAAUCCACCUCUAUUUCUAAUUCUCUUUGGUCUGACUAUAUUCAAUCAGUGGUAACCCGUUAUAUACUUACUUGCGUAUUUUUACAUGCAAUUAAAUCCCACCGCAAAAAUAAAUCCGCAAAUAAAUAUAACAAACCACCAGCAAAAUUAAAUAAACCCGGUCAAGUGCGAGUUCGUUUUACUCGCGCACCGAGGGUUCCGUACAAACUUUUAAUUGUCUCGUAUAACUAUAAAGGCGAAAGACUUUUGAACAGAAGUACCUAUACUAAGUAUAUUUGUGUACAACGCCAUCUAUCGGCAAAAAAUGUAUUGGAAUAUACAAUUUGAGCUCUUUCAUAUGAUACCCCACUUGACCUAGUCAUUACACUUUGGAAUUGCCCCUUCUUCAUAUUGGGCAUUUCCCAUAAUUAAUAAAAAAAAUACUUUCAAUGUGUCUGGGUUAUCGUUGGUCAUAACUAUUACAAAUUUCAAAUCGAUAGCUUAAGUGGUUCUCAAGAUACUUAGCGAUGUGACAGACAGACAUACAGACGGACGGACGGACAAAGUCGCACCAUAAGGGUUCCUUUUGUACCUUUUUGGUACGGAACCCUAAAAACUCGACACGUGUUUCGCCUCUCUACAAGUCAUCCUCAGGAGAUGAUGGAGAUGUUGACAGUCAGACGUCCGACAACUGAAACGCGUUUUCUGAUAGAAAAGUUUCGCAAAGUAACGCCGGAUUCUAUGAAAUAAAUAAAAUAUUUAUUUUAUAGACCUCGAAUUUUGGUGACAAGGUCCUUCCACCCUAAUGUUGUUAGUCGAGUUGUAUCACAUCGAUAGUAACAUCGUCUAGUUUGCCAUCGUGCGUUAUUUAAUAGCAAUCUUUCGAGGCUGAUUGAGCAAGCUUAUGCGACGUUUAGCAUUGUACAUAAGACAUAUUUAUUUAGAAAUGUUUAAGUAAAAUUUUAAAACCCAGUUUUCUCUGAAUAGUUUCAAAAAUGAAAGCUCUAGUGAUUUGUGUUUUACUCGCGCAACAAGCUUCAGGAAUUAUUUAUCGUUUAAAUGCCUCGGAGUACGCGCGUCUGCCCGAGCUAUUCUCCUUGGACCACUACUACAACUGCCUGCUGGCUCCUGGAGACACCUACUGCUAUGUGGACGCUAAACUUGUGACCAAUGAGACGAAUGAGCUGUUUACUGUCAUACAGGAGUACUCGGCGUACAGCAAAACGCACUUCGACCACACGAUCGUCCACCGAGGCGUGUGCGUCACGCAGACGUGUCGUGAUUACCUGGACAACUCUACAAGCCUGGUUCCUGCUGUUGAAGCCUGCCUCAAUGCGACACUUUACAAAAGUCAUGGUCUGCAAACCAAAGUUUUGGAAGACUUCGUCUAUUGCAGUAAGUUCGACGAGCCUGCUGGCUACGACAUGGUCGACUAUGCCGUGGUACUUCUGAUGGUGAUGCUGGUAAUGCUGAACGUGGCUGGCAGUCUAGCUGAUUACUUUGGCUGUGCUGGGAAUAAAAGUAUAGGAGGCCGGUUGCUGCACUGUUUCUCAUUCAAACGCAAUUGGGAGCGCUUGCGCACGGCGGCAGGCGACGGCCCAGAAUCGAGGUUGAGACGGCUGAAAUGUUUCACUGGGCUCAAGACUAUCACGACGAUUUUGGUUAUCAUGGCGCAUUCUCCGCUAAACUCCGCCAUUUCCACCAGCGAUCCAGAAUAUCUGGAAAAUUUAUACCACAACAUAGGAGCUACUUUCCUGUUCAACGGAACGCUGAUCGUCCAGACCUUCUUUCUCAUCUCCGGGUUCCUGCUAGCCUAUAACCUGCUGCUGAUGGAAGAGAAACGACCAAUCGGCUGGGACAUGCUACCGAAAGGCGUACUUAUUAGGUGGCUUAGAUUAGCUCCUGUAAACGCCGUGGUUCUAGCGUUUGUGGCCACGUGGCAAAGGCAUUUGGGAAAUGGACCUCUAUGGAAGUCAUUGGUGCACAAGGAAGCAGCCCAGUGCAGACGCGAUUGGUUCUAUAACUUGUUGUAUAUCAACAACUAUGUCGACUACUCGGACUGUAUGCCGCACACAUGGUACUUGGGCGCAGACUUGCAGCUGUGCGUCCUUGGGCUGGUAGUAUUCAGCCUUGUCACCAACCCCAGGGUCCGGAAGGUGGCCGUUGCUGCCAUGUUCGUGAUGGGCUUGCUCACGCCAGCAUUUCACGUCGUCCUUCAGAACCUCAGCCCUAUCCUGCUUAUUUCGCCUGAAGUCGCCCGUAACAUCUUCGUGACAGAUCCCACGUUUAACAACUUGUACAAGCGCGGGCACACGAAUCUAGUCAACUACGCGAUUGGGCUAGCGUCAGCGAUGCUGGUCUACCGGCUGCAGCAGCAAAAGUUUGACGUCACCAAGUUUAAGAAAUAUACUUUAUUAUACUACGGACUGGUCCCAUUCGGCGCGUUCCUGAUCUCGAGUGGCAGUUUCCUGUACAUCGACGGGAUAGAGAUUCCUUUGGUGGCCCGGGCGGUAUACGCUUGCGGACUAAGACUCCUGUAUGGACUCUCUUUUGCCGUGUUUAUUACUGGCGCGGUCUUCAAGUUUGAAAAUCUGUACCGCGGCGUGCUAGAGUGGGGCGUCUGGGGCCCUCUAGGACGCCUGUCUUACGCGGCCUUUCUGGUACACCUGAGCAUCAUCAGAACCGUGACAGGCGCCUACGCCUCAUUGGUAUACAACUCGUUCAAUCAGAUGGUGAUGACGUUCCUGAGUGUACUGUGCCUGUCAUACGUAAUCGCUGCUCCGCUGUGGAUGCUUAUCGAAGCUCCCUUCUGCGAGCUGGUGAAGGUCUGUUUCUACCCUAAGAAGCAGGAACGUAAGCCCGAAUUGACAAUACAGUGCGAGGAAAAAAAGGACAUCACUUGUAUCAAGUUAUAAAAGAACUAACAAAACAAGAGCACGCCACUUUUCCCGAUCCUGCCACUUCCUGACAAUUAUCGGCUCGGAGCUGCCGCAGGUCCGCUUCAACGCUGUCUCCCCAGCAGUAUCUGGGUCGACCAACCGGGCGGCCACCAGUCGGUCUUCCCAAGUACGCCCACUUGGCAGCCCGAUUCUUUUUCAUUCUAAGUACCUUUAAGUGUCGAAAGCAGCGGAGUCUGUGGGAUUUGGUUUCACCGAUGAUAAUAUAAUAUAUAUUAUAAAUAAUAUUAAAAGAAUUGAAUGUUUUAAUUUUUAUGAUGUCCGCUAGAGGGCAUUGUCUAGCGGUGCUGAG